GCCGCAGCUCAACGCGGAGGGACGCGCUUUAUUCGUGCCUCUUCUCUCUCUCUCUCUCAACUUGCAUUGCAUAUUUGCAUCCUGCAUUCCUGUGGUGCAGUGCAGUGCAUCCACAACUGUAUACGCGUAGCAUUGCUGCUUUCUGCACUUGUUAAUUGCAGUCCCAGAGGCAGAGCACCCGCGGAAAGCAGCUCCAGCUAUAAAACACCAUCAUCUCUUUGCUUCACUUCACUGCAGCUCACUGCUCCUUCGUUCCAGAUCUAGAGACCCACUGCGGCGACCUGGCCGCCAUGCCAAGAAUGGCGCCACCUCCUUUCUCUUCUUCGGUGACGGUGCCCGUGGCCUUGGCGUGGGUGCUCGUCGUGGCGGCGUCGCUCGCCGGCGCCGACGACCCCUACCGGUACUUCACCUGGACAGUGACGUAUGGUCCCAUCAACCCGCUCGGCGCCACGCAGCAGGGCAUCCUGAUCAACGGGCAGUUCCCGGGCCCUCGCAUCGACUGCGUCACCAACGACAACCUCAUCGUCAACGUCAUCAACAAACUCGACGAGCCCUUCCUCAUCACAUGGAACGGCAUCAAGCAGCGGAAGAACUCGUGGCAGGACGGCGUCGCCGGCACCAACUGCCCCAUCCCGCCGGGCGCCAACUACACCUACAAGUUCCAGUCCAAGGACCAGAUCGGCACCUUCACCUAUUUCCCCUCCCUCGCCAUGCACCGCGCCGGCGGCGGCUUCGGCGCACUCAACGUCUACCAGCGCCCCGCCAUCCCCGUCCCCUACCCGCCGCCCGCCGGCGACUUCACCCUCCUCGUCGGCGACUGGUACAAAGCCGGACACAAGCAAUUGAGGCAGACUCUGGACGCAGCAGGCUCCUUGCCGUCCCCUGACGGGCUUCUGAUCAAUGGCAUACAGUCUGCAGCCUUCGUUGGUAAUCAAGGGAAGACGUACCUGUUCCGAGUCUCCAAUGUCGGCCUCAAGACCUCGAUAAACGUCAGGAUCCAGAACCACUCGCUGAAGCUUGUCGAGGUCGAGGGCACACACCCAGUCCAGAACGUCUACGACUCUCUCGACGUGCACGUCGGCCAGUCCGUCGCGUUCCUGGUCACCCUCGACAAGGCGCCGCACGACUACGCUGUCGUCGCGUCCACGCGGUUCAGCCCGGCUGCCCUGACGGUGGUCGGGACCCUGCACUACACCGGCGCGAGCUCCAGGGCGCCCGGCCCGUUGCCGGCAGGUCCGCCGGAGCAGUUCGACUGGUCCAUGAACCAGGCGAGGUCGUUCAGGUGGAACCUGACGGCCAGCGCGGCGCGGCCCAACCCGCAGGGGUCAUUCCACUACGGCGCGAUCCCGACGUCGAGGACGCUGGUGCUGGCCAACUCCGCUCCCGUGAUCGCCGGGCGGAGGCGGCGCGCAGUGAACAGCGUCUCGUUCGUCACCCCCGACACGCCGCUGAAGCUCGCGGACAACUUCAACAUCGCCAACGUGAUCGCCUGGGACAGCGUCCCGGCGAGGCCAGACGGCGGGGCGCCCCGGCCCGGGACGCCGGUGGCCAGGCUCAACCUGCACGAGUUCGUCGAGGUCGUGUUCCAGAACACCGUGAACGAGCUGCAGUCGUGGCACCUGGAUGGAUACGAUUUCUGGGUUGUCGGGUACGGCAAUGGCCAGUGGACUGAGAACCAGCGGCAAACCUACAACUUGGUCGACGCGCAAGCGAGACAUACAGUUCAGGUGUACCCGAACGGAUGGUCGGCGAUCUUGGUGUCGCUGGACAACCAGGGGAUGUGGAACCUGAGGUCCGCGAGCUGGGACCGGCAAUACCUCGGCCAGCAGCUGUACCUCAGAGUCUGGACGGCGGAGCAGAGCUUCGCCAACGAGUACAGUAUCCCAUCCAACGCCAUACUCUGCGGCCGAGCCGCCGGCCUUCCACACUGACGAACAAGAUUCGGCAUGCUGCAUCCAUGGCUUGAUCCGUCGUCGCCGCGGCCCCGGUAUAUGUCUGGUAGAAUAAAUCAUACUACUUAUAGCUGAAAUGGAAUCAAGAUGAUAGGUGACAAGUGUUGUAGCGAAAACUGAUGAAGUGCUAUUCUUUGAUGAUGAUGUCUGUAUUUUUUUCUCCUUGUGGUUCGCCUGUGGACAAGACCUCAGGCUCAAGCUCAAUGGUGUAUAUGGUGUCCAAUGGAAUGAUCUUUUCCCCGAUGCAUUGUAGCUUCAAGAAUCAAGACUCAAAUAUAUAAGGUGUAUGAUU